CACCCCAUCACCCCAUCACCCCAUCACCCCAUCUUUUCUCUCCACUUUUCUCUUUUCCCUCCCCCACUGAAUGUACAGUAUUUUUUCCUGAACAUGGCUACAACCACAUUUCCGUAACGUUGGCAAAUGAAGCAAGUCGCUUGUUUUCAUCAUUGUUGGUGUAGUCUUAGCACAAUUUUCACUUUUUUGGAGUUAGCUUUACGUUCAGGUAUUUUAAUUUUCUCAUGAGGAAUACUGACAAUAAUCCUUUGAUUAAUGGUGUCAGUAGAUUGGGAGUCUAACCUAGCACUACCAUUUACCCCGGUCCCUCCCUGGCCGCCCAUAUCUCUCUGUUGCUCUGUCUGCUCUCUUCAGGCCGCACCUUGUUUGGUCAAUGACAGGUGCAGCGACCAAUGGGGGCUCGCCGCCGCCGCCUACCUGCGUGUGACGGAGCUGGGCGGAAGCGGUUGAACUUUCGGUGAAAAUCUCAGAGUGUUUUGGGAGAAAUUGGAAUCGCCAACUGAACGUGUGUUUUGGUCGGGUGUGAGGUGGGAAUGGAACCGAUCAACACCUGGAGCCCCCGGAAGGUCUCGCUGUGGUUACAAGGCCUGGAUAACAGUGUGCAGAAAUAUCCAUUUGAUCAAUGGCAGAUGAAUGGAGAGCAACUCCUGCGACUAUCACAGCAAGACCUGGAGGAGCUUGGUGUGAAACGGAUAGGACACCAGGAGCUGAUUCUGGAGGCAGUGGAGCUACUGUGUGCACUGACCUAUGAUUUAGAGACGGAGAAUUUGAAGAUUUUGAUGGAGAAGUUAAGAGCUGUCUCUGGAACCCUUCAGUCCUUCAUUAUCAGUCGGAGGAAGGUCAGCCCAGGUCCACAGAAACCUUCUGGAGACCUCCUUACCUCUGUCAUAGAUCUUCUUCAAACCACCAAAGCCAUCUUUUCCUGGCUGAACAGGUACCCUUUUAUAUGCAUAAUCAAUUAUUCUGCCAUGAAGAAAGAGAUCAUCAGGUUAUGCAUGGAGCUGGCAGAAACUAUUCACAAGGAAUGCAGCCAGACAGAGAAAGAAAAUCGGAUACUGAGCAUUUGCAGGGAACUCUCCAGUUUCUGCAAAAACAUGGUGAUGGGUAGCCCCGAGGUGUUGGUGAACCAAUGCGCUUGCCUGGAAACUAUUCAUCUACUCACCACCUCACCUGGUCAGAGUCUGGGAAUUGAAAUCAAGUCGAAUAAUGGGCUGCAUUUUAUCACAGGAACCACAGUAAAUUCUCCAGCUUAUCGCUCUCAGAAGAUUCGACCAGGAGAUGAGGUCAUCCAGGUGAAUGAUAUGGUUGUAGUUGGAUGGACAUUGCAUAACCUGGUUGCCAAACUGCGGGAGAAUCCAAAUCAAGUAGUUCUCAUUAUGAAAAAGGUGCCCCUUGAUAUAUCACCAUCGUUCAGUUUCUCUGAUGGUGUACAGCAGCAGCAACCCCACUUAACACAGGUACUGAGAAGCAUGUCAGAAGACGCAGCGGCAUUGCUAGACCCAAGUGUGCUCUCUGAGAGGUCUGCCCGGUUCUCUCAGAGAGAGAGGGUGGGAAUCCAACAGGGUACACAACCUGACUACAACACCUUUGAAACUAGUGCAAGCUGUGAGGACAAAGAUAAGCCAUUGCCAUCUGAAUCCCACUCUGAAAUUGCAUCCGAGUCUGAUGGAGAAAGUGAUCAAAUGCAGCCAGUCCAACAGUCUAACACAGAGGGUGAGCACAUGCAAGUAGCAAGUCUGAUGUCUGAAGGGUGCAAUGUGACCUCAUGCAAUGGAGAAGAGCUUGUGAGUGAUGGGACAUUCACUGCACAAUCUCCAAUAAUUCAGCCUUGUAAUGUUGAAGAUAGAAUGAAAUAUGAUUCUGACUGUGAGGGAAGGCCAAGAUCACCAUCAGCAAAUGAUGAGAGAGCGGUGCAAUUACGGAACAGACGAAAGAAGAAGGGAGUUGCAACUGCACUUAGUCGUAGACGGAUAUCAUGCAGGGACCUCGGUAUGGGCGAGUGUUACGGCUGGCUCUGGAAGAAGAAAGAACAAUUUAGAUUCAUGUCACAAAAAUGGAAACGCUGCUGGUUUGUGCUGAAGGGACCAAAUCUAUACUGGUACAACAGUGAAAAUGAUGAGAAAGCUGAGGGAUUAAUCAAAUUGAUUUCAUAUUCGGUGGAGGCAGCUGGAGAGCACAAAAGAAAAUUUGUAUUCCAGCUUUGUCACCAGAAGUUCAAGUCCUUUGUCUUUUCAGCAGACAAUGUAGAUGAAAUGAGGAAGUGGAUUAACAGCCUCAUCAGUGCCAUUCAAAAGUACAAAACUGAGAAACCCUCUGAAAACAAAGAGGAAGACUGCUGGAGUGAGACAGAGACUGAAGAAUGUGAUGAUUCUCCAGAAAUAACUGGCACUCCUCGAUCCAAAUCCUACAUUAGGAGCAGCGAUCUUUCACCUACCGAACAAUUCAGACAUUCAUCAGGUAACUACGGACAAGUUGGACGCAGUGGAGACACUGGCCGUCUUAGUGUGCCAUCCAGCCCCAGUAAGGAGAGGAAGCCUUUUCCAGAACCUGGUCAAGGCUCAAAUGACGAGCUGGAGACAUUAAUAAGAGUCUUGCAGCAGGAAGGUGUGUCACUGAUCGGUAAGGAGCAACCCUUUCACAAAGAUUACCAUUCGUCAUUCAUCAGACGAAACAAGAAUCCCAUCAUCAAUGAGAAAGCACAUUAUCUGAGAACACUGCAGAGCACACUGAAGGCAAAGAUAGUAGAUUUACAAUCCAUUAAUAAGAUCCUGGAGGAUCCGAAUUUAACAGCAGAAAAGUUUCGAAUUUGGAAAGACAAAAACCAGGAGCUACUGGCAGACAUCCGGAAGGUUCAGCAGAUUGCAACUGAAGGAUGGGAAGAGGGAGCCAAGCAGUUAGCUCCUGAAUCAGGAGCGUUUAUGACAGAAAUGGGAAUGGGUGCCUCAGAAAAUCCUUUACCUUGUUCUGAUAUGGAACCAAUGUCAGCAGAAAUCUCAGCAUCCCUGUCUGAUAUGGAAUUGGAGAACAUAAAAAGACACUGUACAGACAGUGCGUCUUCAAAACUGGGAAUUGGAGAAGACAAUUGUAUAGAAGGGUUGAAUUGCCAACCAGAAUCUGGCACAGACAGGACUCAGAGCUGUCCCAAAUCGUCUAGCAACUCAAGAUCUGUACUAUGGCAGCCUUAAGAUCAGACCAGAUCAAUGAGGAACAAGAGAAAUGAACCCCUAUGUAUGAGCAUGAAGCUAAGCCUUGUUUAUUCAGCUCAUUGCCCUGAACAAAUUGAACAAAUUUGGCAGUCUCCCAGUACUAAUGUUCAUAUGUCUCUUAAGACUAUUUCAUUGAACAAUAUCAUUAUUAAGCAUGAUCCUAUAUUCAGUUGGUAAUCACAUGUGCACUUCUAGUGCAGACUGCUGGAUUGUGAUUAGGAGAGGAUGCUGUGGCUGAUUGUUCUCUCUUUUACCUUAUUGCCAACCAAGGGUGGCACAGUGGUUAGCACUGCUGCCUUACAGUACCAGGAACAUGGGUUCACAGGUUAGAUAGAUUGGCCAUGCUAAAUUGCCCGUAGUAUCCAGGCAUGUGCAGCCUAGGUGAAUUAGCAGUGAAAUGCAGGACUGUGGGGAUAGGGGGUGUAUUUGGGUGGAAUGCACUUGGAGGGUUGGUGUGGACUCGAUUGGCCAAAUAGCCUGCUUCCACACUGUACGGGUCCUAUGAUUCUAUCCUUGAGUACUAAGACCAAUUUUAACAUACUUAAAACUAAAUCAGGUGAGACCAGCUAACAGUAGAGAAUGAUAGUCAAAUAUUGUACUUCUUCUGGAUACUGUACUCUUUAAAGGAUCAGUUUGAACCUUUAAAUUCUCCUAAACUUUAUGCUGAAGAUAUUCUGUUUGGUGCCAUUCUCAACUUGUUAUUCUGUCUCUCUCCUCGUCCAUAAAGAAACAAUUCACUCUAGCAAAAAGGAUGUAGAGGCACUGGAGAAGCUGUGGAAUAGGUUAACGAGGAAACAAAUGGGUGAGUUUACAUAUAGGGAAAGGAUUAAUAGGCUGUGUCUAUUGUCUCCAAAAAAGGAGUGAGCAAUGACCUAAUUCUGCUGCUGCUGUUUGUAACUACUCCUGUUAGGAAAUCUUUUAUGGUAUGCCUCACUUACCUUGUACUAGUUUCUUGCAUCCAUUGCAGCUUGUCAGUAAUCACUCCGACAUCCAUCAAUUCUGCUGCCUUCCACUUUGCCUUAGACCUUUUCAAUUCUAAGCAAAUAGCUGAAAUACUGACAUUUUCUUGUCAGGAUGUCAUUCUUUAGUGUUCUGUUUGCUCUUUCAAUUUAACGCAUCUCAUUUGUUUUUGAUCCAUAAAUGGAAUUUUUAGCGUGCAUCCUGGCAUCCAUAUUUCAUGCACCUUCAUGUUCUUCCGUGAAUCUUUAUAUAAUUGCCCACAUUUCUGAGGCAUACAGAAAAGUGGAUAGAGUAUGAUAUCUUGUGAGCUUUCCUGUUGAUACAUCCUUGCAAUCACUUUGGCAGUCUCUAAUCUAAUAUAUACAUCAGAUCUGGCAUCUUCAGUUAUCAUUUGUCCUAAAGAGACAAACUUAAGUACUUGUUCCAGGAUGACACUGUUUAUUUCAAUCUUCAUUUUAGUUUCUUCUAAUUAUUCUGUUGAACCACCAUUGUUUUGUCUUUUUGGUGUUCGUACUCAAGUCAUAUUCUAAAUUUCUGUAAUUUCUGUUAUCUCUUCUAAUUCUGUUUCUCCAAAGGCUUUUAGAAAUUCCGUUGUUACUGCAUCAAUACCUGGGACUUUUCCUGUAUUCACUAAUUUCAGAGCAUUCUUUACUUUUCAAAACUAAUUUUUGGUUAUUGUUGCCUCUUCACCUUGAGGAGUACCUCAACUUGGAUCAUUGUGUGUGUGCGUAUAUAUAAUAUAUAUAUAAAAUUUAUGUAUUCUGUCCACCUUUAUUGGAGCCUAAUAGAGAUCUUUAAUUUUUUUGUAAUUAUGCCAAUCUUUUGAUAGCAUGGAUAAAAAGGGAAUGUUUCCUCUUGGGGUGGGGAAGAGCAUCAUUAGAGGUCAUCAAUACAAGAUAGUCACUAAGAAAUUCAAAAGGAAUACUGAAGAAACUUGCAGUGUGGAUUUUGCCACCACAGUUGAAGUGAAUACUAUAGGUGCAUUUAAGGGGUUGCCAGAAAAGUGCAUAAGGGAGAAGGGAAUAGUGGGUUACUGUGAUAGAUUGUAGAUGAUGUUGAAUGGAUGGCUAAAAUUGAGCAUGACAAUGGCAUGGAUUGGUUGGGCCAAAUGGCCCAUUCCUGUGCCAUAUAUCUUUGGUAAUCCUAUGAUGUACACUUUCAUGGGCAGCAGUAGUGGUAUCUUGCUGCUUUCCUGCACGAGUCUGAUUUCUGAAUAAGUGUUGGUUAUGUAUUAGGUAAAUGAUCAUAAAAUAACUUGGAGAAUACUGGGGAGACUCGUGACUGGUUAACUCCUGACUACAGCUAGGUACAGUAUACAAGACAUAAUAGUCGUGGUAUCCAGUACUUAAGUGAUCAAAACAUGACAUAGCAAUUAUGAAGUUGACCUCAAUAAACCUGGCAUCCAAAUGUGUUCACAAACAACAUUCAGCGCCCAGAUGCUCAUACUGUGGGUUGACUCCAAAGCAGAACAGUAAGCCAUUUUUUCAGGACAAAUGAGUAUGGUCAAUGAAUGCUACAUCACUUGUACUACUAAGAAGUUUUAAUGUUUUGACUUUGAGUGAUUUGGUUGCUAUUGGAAAAUAAAUUAAAGUUAUACACUGUAUAUAUUACUUUAAUAAACCUGAAAACAUUAAAUGUA